AUGACGGCCAACUUUGACGAGUUUAUGUUUAUGGCUUUGAAGGAGUGUAGGGGUAUAGAGGACGUCUUGGAGAAGUUCUUCUCCUUUCUCCGGAAACGUACUGAUUUUUGCCACACCAUUUUAACCCCUGAACAGUUGAAGCAGUUUAAUCUUGAUAACUCAGUUAACUCUAGAGGAUUUAUGCCAAAUCAGAUGCGGGACCUGGUUAACAAGAUUAUUGAGGAUAAUAUUCUACUGUAUCGAAGAGCUAAUCAGCCUUAUUUACUCCCUUCAAGCCCUAGAAGUGAAUCCUCUCAAAAAUCUAAUUCUUCAGAUAAGCCCAAGCCUACAAAUGAUUCAACUGGAAAAUCCUAUUCUUCAGAUAAUCCCAAGCCUACAGAUGAUUCUGAAAACCUAAACUCUGAUAACCUAAACUCUGAGAAAUCUGAGUUAAAAUAUACUGUUAAUACUUGGAAUGGUGCGGUUACUGAGAAAUACGCCUGGUCUCAGACGUUCAAGGAGGUAACUGUUGAGAUUUUAUCUCCAAGGAAAAUCACCCCCAAGGACGUUUUUAUCACCAUCACUAAGGACAGUCUGACUGUAAAAAUUCAAGGCCAGGUGUUCAUUGACGGAGAGUUCUGUAAAAGUGUCAACAGCUUUGACAGUGUUUGGAGUAUUGAGGACGGGUUUAGAAUUUUGCUAAGUAUUGAGAAAUCUGAAGAGCUUUGGUGGGACUGCGUUAUCAAGGGUCACGAAACCAUCGACACGCAGGAAAUUGAGUCGGUAAAACGCCUUGAUGAAUUUUCCUCCUCUGAACAAAACGCCAUUUUAAAACUAAUCAAAGACCAUAAAGAUAAAAAUAAAUUUCAAUAACACAUUCU